UCUUAGAUCACAAUUUUAAGUAAUUGUUCUAUAACCAAUAGGAUUUAUUCAUUGUUAUAUUUCUAUUCAUGAAUCAAAAUAACACGAAUAGGUAUUAUAAAACUGUAUUUUAGGUAAAAUGCCAUUGGUUAGGUUCAUAGGCGCAAUUUGGGCUAAAUGUAUGUUGACCAAAGUGAUCCGUGAGGGGCUUUGCCCCUAUACCCUUACAAUACCAUUCAUGUAUUCAUCGUAUUUACUUAUUAUCUAUAAUUAUUAAUAGUUUAUAAUAAGAAAACACUAAAAAAAAAACACUCCCCAAGUCAGAUCAGCAUGUUAACUUUCUUUAUUUAUUAAAAAUUUUUAUUUAUUAAUAUGCAAUAUGUAUGUAUAAUGUAUUUUAUUUUCAUUUUCAUUUAGUGAGAUAGAUUUCUGAAACCAGAAAGCGGAUCUUUUUGUUAGAUUCACAUUGGCUAGGAGAAGUGUAGUGAAGAUUUUCAGAACUUAUCUUUUAUAGUUAAUUCACUACAGAGCUUCAAAAAAAAUAUUAUUGGGCGUUUUUCAGCUUUAUAGCUUUAUAGUGAGUUAACGAUUGAAGAUAAAAUUCUGAAAAUUUUUACAGGUUUUCUCCUAGCCAAUGUCAAUCUAACAAGAUCCCAAACAACAAAAUCCGUUCUCCAGUUUCAGUAAUCUAACACGCUAAAUGAAAAUCUAGCAAAAAAUAACUAUUUUUUUAACUGUGAAAAAUUAAAUAAUUAUUUUUGAAAAUUUUUAAUCUCGCAUUUUCUAUUUACUUGAUAAUCCCUUAAUUAAUGAGCUGUUAUCGCUAUCCACCAAUCUUUUAGCUAUAAUAGUAAAGUUAUAAUAGAAAAGUUAAAAAAUAGAAAUGUUGGGACUGUUGACGCUAACGUUUUUGUAGAUUCAAAUUGUUACACCGCUUAGGUGUGAUAUUGGAUCUUUCUUAUUAAUAUUUUAUGUUAAAGCUAGCUUAAUUAUCCUCCUACUUAUUACAACUGAGUUACAUUUUUAUCAUUUUCCUAUUUAACAAAAAUUGAGACUUUUUUUAUUUCAAUUACCAUACUUGAUUAAAAAUCAAGUAAAAAAAAAAAACAUUUAUGUGUACAACUCAGUGGCGGAUCCAGAGGGGGUGAUUGAAGCGAUCGCCUCCCCCCGUUCUCUCAAAAAAAAUAGUUUAAGUCCCUGAUUUUAGUUUUUGGUGUAAUUAUACUUCAAGAGUAACAAAAUUAUAGUGAUAUAUUUUUUUAUUACUAUUAUCUAACUAUAAAAAAUAUUUUUUUUUGUUCUGUACGAGACUGUGGAAAGUAACAUAUGUAUGUACCUAAAUAAAUACUUCAUCAAAAUUAAUUUGUGCCUUUUAAAAACAAACCCCCCCUGUUAUCUUGGUCUGGAUCCGUCCCUGGUACAGUUACAUGGUCAUUCAAUUAAGAACUUUGGAAGAUGACAAUUUAGAUUUUAAAAUUUCUGAUAAAGAAUUGCAAAUAACAGUAUUAAAUAUGAUUAAAUCAUUACAUGGAGAUUUUGGAGCUGGAGCUAUUAAAACAUGUCUUAAAGUUCGUUAUUGUAAUCCAACUACAAAAAUUCUCAUUUUUAAAACUAGACAUGGUCCUCAUCAAUUUCUCUCUUCUGUUAUACCAUUUAUUAACAAGCUCCAAGAAAAACAAAUUCAAUUAUCAACACUUUAUACUGGUGCAUCCAUGUUUCAAUGUUAUAAAUUUAUUCAGAACUAUCAAAAAGAUCUUGUAAGAAAAAUGACUGAUAUAAUAAGUGAGAAAACCAAAGAAAAAAUGUUAAACAUCACUAAUGUAGCAAAUUUCUAAUUUUAAAAAGUUUGUUUGAAUUUUUAUUUAAAACCCUAUUAUUUUAUGUACUAGGGAGUACAGAUGAUAAAUAAUAAAUAUUUACUCAAAUACUUUAAAUACUUAUACAAUUUUACAAAGUAUAAACAUAAGCAUGCCCAGAGAGGAGACAGUUGCCAUUAUGUUCAAAUUUUCAAUAUUGGUAUACUGGUACCUUGCUAUUUGAAAAUAGUAAAUAUUAAAAUCCACAAUUUGUGUGAUAUCACAUACAUUAGCAAUCCUUAUUAAAAUUUCAUUUUAGAUCCAAUCAUAACAUAACUCAUUUAAAAUGUAUGAAAAAGUAUUAAGAGAUUUUUAAAACAUUGGACCCUACAGCUAAACAACAUUAAAACUUUAAAAAAAACAUAUUAGCUAUUAUAAAGUUGUUCAAAUUAUGUUUUCUUAUUUAUUAAUUUUUUUAUUAUGUCUUCUUGGUCGUUAAAGAUAUUAUUAAAAAGGACUUAUUGAAAACUCUUGGUAAUUUUAUGAUGUUUAACCUAACUCUUAACAGUAUAAUAAAAUAAUACCAUAAUUUAAUAAAACCCUAUACUUGAUUUUGUGUGAGGAUUUAUUUAAAUUAUAUUUGUCUCCCAUUAAGGUCUUAGUUGGGAAAAAUGAGAGGGAAGUGAUAAGAGUCUGGGCCUCCUUAGCUAAGGUAUUGCUUCCUCUGCCAGGAAAAUACUAAAUCUAUUUACAGUUGUUUAAUCUAUUUAGAAAUAUAUCUUCUUAAAUAGUUGCGUAACCUAUUAAAAAAUUUUUUUCAGUAAGCCACUAAAAUAUAAAUAAUUUUAGAUGGAGCUGUUGUU